UCGAGUGCAGCGGUGGGAGGCUUCCGGGGGAACAGCACCGGUGACGGGUCGGCGGAGACAGAAAAGCGCCGGACGCCCGGCCGAUCAUGGAAGCUUGACAACCUGCAAGCAGGCUCUGGGAGGCCGAGACAUCGGCGAAGAGGACAGAGAGUCGGAGCGGACAGAUCUCAAGACCAGAGAAUGGCAGGUGAACAGAAGCCCUCAAGCAACCUCCUGGAGCAGUUUAUUUUAUUAGCCAAGGGUACCAGUGGCUCAGCCCUUACCACUCUCAUCAGCCAGGUGCUGGAGGCUCCUGGAGUCUAUGUGUUUGGAGAACUGCUGGAGUUGGCCAAUGUUCAGGAGCUUGCAGAAGGAGCUAAUGCUGCGUACUUGCAGUUGCUGAACCUGUUUGCCUACGGAACGUACCCGGAUUACAUAGCCAACAAGGAGAGCCUGCCAGAACUGAGCGCAGCUCAGCAGAACAAGCUGAAACAUCUUACCAUCGUGAGUUUGGCAUCAAGAAUGAAGUGUAUCCCCUACUCUGUGCUGCUGAAGGACCUGGAGAUGAGGAAUCUCCGGGAACUAGAAGACCUUAUUAUUGAGGCUGUCUACACGGACAUCAUCCAGGGCAAGCUGGACCAGCGAAACCAGCUGCUAGAAGUGGAUUUCUGCAUUGGCCGUGACAUCCGAAAGAAAGAUAUUAACAAUAUUGUCAAGACCUUGCACGAGUGGUGUGACGGCUGUGAGGCAGUUCUGUUGGGCAUCGAACAGCAAGUUCUGAGAGCCAACCAGUACAAAGAGAACCACCACCGGACUCAGCAGCAGGUGGAGGCAGAGGUUAGCAACAUCAAGAAGACACUCAAAGCAACAGCAUCCUCCUCAGCUCAGGAAAUGGAACAGCAGCUGGCUGAACGGGAGUGUCCCCCUCAUACUGAGCAGAGGCAGCCAACUAAGAAGAUGUCCAAAGUGAAAGGUCUGGUCUCCAGCCGCCACUAGGGCCGGCUGGGGCAGCUGGCACUCACCAGGCCUGGGUCAGGUGGGGAGGGGACACCCAGGCCCUAUUCCUCCCCUCUCUAGCUGCAGUGAGUUCCAGACCUGCCCACCCCUCACCAGUACCUCCCCGUCCAUUGGUACCAUUGCGGAAAAUGAUUGCUCCUCCUUCGCCUCCCUUCCUAGUUGUUCCCUUCAGACUCAGGGGCUCAGCGGAUGCCAUCCCAACAGGGUCCGACACUGCCCAGCUUCCCUCCAGGGGUUCCUUGUCUCUGUGUAUGGGCUCCCCCCUACCCCCCAGUUGUUCUCUUGCUCCAUGUCAUUUUGUCAGGCUGGUCCUAAGCUGGAGGCAGUUUACCCAGUCCCGAGGGAUGACUGUGGAGGAGGCUCCUCUCUGAGUGAAGAGGGGGCCGUGCUUCUCUAGCCCCACGUACCACAGUACCCACAAUGGUGCAAGUCUCUCUAGUCAGGUAGCCACAGUCCCCCCUCCUGCCUUACCCCUGUUGGCAGUGCCAGUUCAGGCCAUGGAGGGAUGUGGUGCUGGGCUCUGUUUACUAACCCUUUGGGUUUUCAACCUCUUCAGCCCAGCCAGGAUCUCUCCUCAAGUUGGGAGCUCUGGGCUGACUAACCUCUGGUAUCUGAGUAUGAGUGGAGGGUGGCAGAGGUGUUUCCCCUGCUUGGUGUCCUCUGCUGUCCCUGACUGCUCAGCCUUGAUUUGGCACCUAGGCCCAGCUGCCCACUGGGAUUGUCUGCCAAUAUUUGCUCUCCCGAGAUCUUUCAUGCCUCCUGGCCGUCCCUGGGGCAGGAAUGGUGGUGCCGAAGCUCCUCAGAUUGGUGAAGGACCAUUGCUGCUUCUUUCUCCUUCCUUCCUGCCCCUCCUUGGCUGGCAAUCCAGAGCCCUCUGAUGACAUACUCCUGACCAGAGAAAAGGACUUGACUAGACUUUCUGAACUUGAACAGUUUCAGGUUAUAUUUUAAUUUUUUUUUUGUACAGGUUGAUUCUAAUACAUUUCAACAUGCCUUUUUCUCCCUUGUGUCAAUAUUUGUUAUAGUCUAAUCGCCGGAGAUUUCUCACCUGGUUGGAGGGUGUGUGUGUGUGUGUGUGUGUGUGUGUGUGUGUGUGUGUGUAUGUUUGUGUGUUUAUUUUCCUUAUUUUCCGAAGGGAAGGUGGAGGCCCUGAACUGAUUUAAACUUCAUUGAGAAAAAAAGCACAUUUUAGAAAAAAACAAAAUAACAGAAGUGUAGAUUUGACAUCUGUGACUGUGGAUUAUGGGGCUGUACAGGUGGGUUUGGAGAACAGUAGUUUGGGUGACGUAGAGACCGAAACUCUGUUUUAGUAGCAUUGGUACAAAGUGGGUUGAUCCAGUGUUAAAAGUAUUGUUUUCCUUUUCUGCUGGUCCGUGUGCUCAUAUGACACUGUGCCCAACAGAGGUUAAGUUGGACUCCCCACGUGUGUUUGAUGAAUUCCCGCAUUGCGUCUCUGUGGAAGAGGGGUCCUGUUAU